CAUUUUAAUCAAUAACAUAAUUUUUUUUUUUUUGUACAUAUUUUUUAUCAAUCAUAUAAAUAAUUUUUUAGAAUCUUAUAUAAACAUAUAUAAAUAUAAUUUUUUUUUCUUCAAUACCAUCAACUUAAUAUUAAUAUUAUUUCUCUUUAUAAAAUUAGAAUUAGUUUUUAAAUAAUUUAGAUAAAUUUAAAAACCAAACUUGUACAUUAUACCAAAUAGAAUAGAUACAAUAAUAACAACAACAAAUAUAUAGUUAGUUUUUAUUUACAAAUCAAUCAACAAAUACAAAUUUUUUAUAAUAAUAUAUAUAUAUAUAAUUUUUUUUUCUCAAUAACAAAAAUAUAAUAUAAUUAAAAAUGGACGGUGACUCAACUCAAAAACCAAAUAACCCAAUCCCAUGUGCCAAUCAAUGUGGUUUCUUUGGUAACCCAUUAAACGAUAAUUUAUGCUCGAAAUGUUUCAAAGAAAUUCAUCCAAAGAAACAAGAAGAAGAAACUAAAAAACCAGAAGAAAAAUUAGAAAAUAAAGUAACAGUUGUCGAUACAACAACCAGCGCUACACCAGAAAAUAUAGAAAACCCUGAAGACCAACCAAAGAAAGUUCAAACCGAUACAACCAAAUGUUUUAGUUGUAGUAAAAAAGUUGGUUUAUUAGGUUUUAAAUGUCGUUGUAGCUUUGUAUAUUGUUCCGCUCACAGAUAUUCCGAUAAACACGAUUGCUCUUAUGAUUACAAAUCAGCUGGUAAAGCUGCCCUUGCCAAAGCUAAUCCUGUUGUCACCGGGUCCAAAAUCAACAAAAUUUAAAAUACAAACACCAUUAUAUACACCCCCCCUAUGCACAAAAACUAUAAUAUAAUAAUAACAAUAAUUAAUAAUUAAUACUAUUAAUUUUUUUUAUAAAACCCUAAUUAUAAUACCUUGUCUUAUUUUUUUAUUUUUUUUUUUUUUAAUUUAUUUCUUUUAAUUUUCUAUUCAAAUUAUUUUCGAUACAGAUGAUAGACAAUAUUAUCAAUUUAAAACAUUACAAAUUGGAUUUAGAAAUAUAUACUUCGAAUUAAUAUCUUUUUUUUUUUAUUUAGUGCCCCAUCACAGAUAAAUAUAUAAACAAAAAAUAAAAAAAAAUAUUU